CUGUAUUUUUGGAAAGUGCCCAAAUUAACAAUGUCUGCUCUCAGCCAAGUGUCGAGUGACUGAGUUGUGACCUGGAAUUUGAUUGUUGACUGUGAGUCAGCUUUCACUAUCAAGUGAAAGACUGAAAAAGUGAGUUCUAACGCACCACCCCAUAAGAAAGUGACGCGGAAUGCAGGAGAGUUGAUAAACUCGGGGAAGAGUGAAGGUCUUUUCAGGUGUUUUGUUUUUUGCAAAACUCAUUGCAGCUAUGGCCCUGCGGGACUUGGUGGAAGCUGAGUGCGGAGGCUCUAACUCCCUGGUUAGACUUACUUCACACUUCACCACUGAUCAUGCUCUGAAAGAUGAAGGGCUUCGAAGAGCAUUUCCUCAUCAUGGAGAGCCAUUUAGUGACUCUGACCAGCUUGUACAGCAGUUUCUGGAGGAAACCCUGGGAGCCUCUCCACAGACCUUUCGCAUGGAUUCACUUCUCCAAGAAAUGCGGGAAAUGGAGCAAAGUGGUCUUGCUCCCCGUCCCUCACCAGGGGUGGCUCAACUUGCUGCCGAUCCAAGCUGCAACCCACAAGAGUGGGCUCAGCAAUUUCUUGAAGCAGGAAAACAUUUUGAAGAUGCUCCUGGCCAUGGUGGAAAUAUAUGGGCUGUUGAUGGAAGUUCAAGUCUCCCCCCUAUUGGAGCAGAGCGGGAUGGUGGAUCCAAUGGACUCUCUGAGCUUGGCUUUGGACCUAAAUGGGCGCAAGAUUACUUGGAGUCUAGUGAUUUGAAAGAAGCUGCAACUGGCAAUGAACUAUCUCUGGUUGAUGCAGAAAAUUGGAUUGCAGAACUUACCCAAAAUGAUGCAGCAAUAAGGCAAAAAGCUACGGAACUUGUCAAUUCUGUUGAUGAUCCAAAGUUUGUCAACUCCAAGUUGUCUGCACCAUUCAAUCAAGCACCCCUCUGUGAUGAAGCCGAAGGCAGAUUCAAAUUCAUGAAGUUCAUGCGCCAAGUUGGAGAUGGUGAAAUUUCUUUGGAUUCCAAAAGAGAUGGAACUGAUUUGAAGGAAUCAGCUGCAGGUUCUGUAGCAAGCUCUUGGGCUCGUGAAUUUGCUAACACAUGGGGUGAAGAAUUGGCUUCUGGCUCAACAAAAUCCUCCUCCUGGGGGGAGGAAUUUGGGAAAACAUUUGGUGCUGUUGGUGAUGAUAAUGUUGCGAAACCUGAUCUUGCUGAUGGUCCUGAGGCUGCUGGUUUGGAUGAUAUCACAAACCAAUUUUGGGACAAACUUCAGGAGCAAUGGAGCAAACUGGAAGAACAUAAAUGGUUGAGUGAUUUCAGUGAUUUCUCGGACCCUUUCAAGGAGUAUCAAUUCGAAAGUGAGAACCCCAUGCGAGAUACGGAAGACCCAUUUGAAGAAGGCAAACGACGUCUGGAACAACAUGAUAUACCUUCAGCCGUGUUAUGUUUCGAGGCAGCGUGUCAAGCCAAUCCAGAAAAUGCUCUUGCCUGGCAGUAUUUAGGUACUACUCAAGCUGAAAAUGAACAGGAUCCUCAUGCGAUUGCUGCUCUAAAGAAAUGCCUUUCUCUUGAUCCCAAAAAUUUGACUGCUCUUAUGGGUCUUGCUGUGAGCUUUACAAAUGAAAACUUCCAGAACCAGGCUUGCCAUGCUCUUAAGGAAUGGUUGAAAAUGAAUACAAAAUAUACCGACCUAGUAACUGACGACACAAGCAAUUUUUCUCGCACUCUUGGAGCUAUUACAUCCAUAAUGCCAGAUGGUGUUCAUCAACAUGUUCUUGACUUGUAUAUAAAGGCAGCUAGAAGAAACCCUUCUGGUACAAUUGAUCCAGAUGUUCAAUGUGGUCUAGGUGUCCUUUUCAAUCUAUCUUCUGAAUAUGACAAAGCUGUGGAAUGUUUUAAAGCAGCUUUGGAAGUUCGUGAAGAUGACUUCCGCAUGUGGAACCGACUGGGUGCAACUUUAGCCAAUGGAAACCGUUCUGAGGAAGCUGUUGAUGCUUAUCACAAUGCAUUACAACUCUUCCCAGGUUUUGUAAGAGCCCGAUACAAUCUUGGCAUUACAUGUGUGAACCUAGGAGCUCUCAGGGAAGCUGCAGAGCAUUUUCUAACAGCUAUUAAUCAACAAGCAGCUGGUCGAGGGGCUAAAGGAGAACGAGUCUCACCUGUGAAUCCUGUUAUGUCUGAUUCAAUAUGGUCUACACUUAAAACUGUUGUAUCUCUGCUGGACAGACAGGAUUUGUUCCCAGUGGUUGAAGCCAGAGACGUUAAAAGAUUAAAUGCAGAAUUUGAAAUGGACUGAAAUUGGACACUUUCAGUCUUUAGGUAUAGAUCAGAAUUUGUAUAUAGAAAUGACCAUUUCAACAUAGCAAUACCCUAAUGAAUCAAGAGUGGUGAAGUCCAUAGCACCCUCCAAUUCUUAAAUUGGUGAGUAUGCACUUGGUCAAAGUUUGCAUCACAGUGGGUACUGGUGCAUAUGUAACUUUAGCUCUCAAAAUGUCACCAAAUAUUAUUGUUUUUCUUUUUUUUUUGUUGAAUAUUAUGUCUUAGUUAGAAUAACCUACUGUAAGCAUAAGAUUGGUGCCAGAGGGUGACUGAUUAAUGGUCAAAUUCUGUGCAAAGUUCACCAGUGUACCGUGUUGUAACUCAUGAGCUUGCAAAAUUAUAUUAAUGGUUACAGGGUCAUUUUUUCUCAAGUAAUUUAUAGCUAAAAAUUGUGGGCUGUCAAUGAUAGAGUUAAGCAUUUGAAUCAAUUAUUUGAAGCUAGAUUUGUUUAAUUCCCAAUUAAAUUCUGGAAUUGAACUUUGGCUUGUUUUGAGAAAAAGCAGUACAGAGAGGGUACACCCUUGAUCCAAAUUCUGAAAAUCCUUAUUCACUUCAGUGUUGGUUCUGACUUCUUCAAGUCCAAUACUGCAUGGGAGUGAAUUUGAUUAUCCAUACUUGGUCACCCUCUAACCCACCAUGGAGAAUACAUUAUCGCAAUCAUAUGGUAUAAGAUUUACCCUGUUUUGUUUUCUAUGAAGUUAUUCUGAUUUGAAUUGUAAGUCAUGUGAUUGAAAAUCCUCUAUCAAAGUUUCUGUGAAUCCUUUUUGCCAUGGAGUGGUAGCCAAACUGAAGUUCAAUAAGAAUUGAAUGCAAUUAUGCACAUAAUAAUAAACUGUGAGAAUGGGAUUUAAUGAUCAGUGGAUGAGAUGAUAAAAAAAGAAAGUGUUAAAAAUGUAUGUGCUGAUUGAUAUACCAUUCUAAUGUUUAAGGGCUGGAACAGAAAACUUGACUCUAUGAGGAUGGUUUGAGAUCAGUGGUAACCAUCCUGAAUGGAACCUCAAUUGCUCUGGUUGGUAAAUUAAGAUAAGGGAAGGGUUUUGUGAACUUAUUGGUCUUUCUUUUAUUUCUUGGCUUUAUAUUGGGCCAACUCUUCUCUAGUAACUUCUUUUUACAUUAAAUUGAAAAUAUUUUUGAUACUAUUUGUUAAACCUGUGAAUAAAACUGCUAGUAAAGUGCCUACAUGUGUAAAUACGUACUUUCAUGUAUAGGAGUUUCUCAUUCUUCAUACAUUUUGUGCUUUGUAAUAGCACACUCACUUGUUUGUGUGAGUCAAAUUUGUUUGUUUUUUUCUAAAUUGUUAGUGGUUGGUUACCAUUGUUCUUUUGGUUAACGCAUCCUUGGAUUUCUUUCAUGGAUAUAUGUCUACCAUUCUGUUUUAAAUUUUUUGAUUAUUUUUUUGUCUAUUUGUUAUUGCAAUACUCUUGUAGGUUACUCGAGAAAAUGAGCUGACAUGUUACUUUUUUUUUAUAGUAAUCUAAUGAACAUAGGUUCAGGUCUUAAUGUAACAGAAGCAGUAAUCUUCUGUAA